AAGUCAGUACGUGUCCGGUGCAGUUAGUAAACGCACGAUUGUCCAGCAGAGUAUACCGGUUUUGCUCUGACGAAUUUGCAUAAGCGUUCACAUUUUCACUAUCAACUUAUCGCCGAAAGCACCAAACAAGUCUGUUGAAAGUGGGCGUUCAAAAUGUCAGCGUCGACGACAGUUGUAAGCUUUUUAUUGUUUUUGGCGUCAUUUUCGUUAGGAAUGGCAGUGCUCUACGAAAAAAAUUGUCUAAUUUUCGAAGAAUCGUACAACUUUAAAGAAGAUCAGUACAACGGUAAAUGGUACGAGAUUCGUCGUCUGUAUGAUCCGGACGAUGUUGAGCCGGAGGAUUGCGUUCAGGAAAAGUAUACACGCAGUAGUAACAUGUUGGAUUUCGAGGUUAUUCGAUCUGUUCAGAAAACGGCUUCUGGUUUGCCUACAUACUCGGUUGGUACCAUAAGUCCCAGGUCGUAUGAAAACUCGAAGGUACCACAGUUCUUCCUACGUUACAACACAACUAGUGCUGCCGAUCCAGAUAUCAAAAUAGAUAUCGUCAAAACCGAUUACCUGAACUUUGCAAUUUUGUACGCAUGUAACUCUAUCAACACAACAACCUCUUCAGAAUUGGCAUGGGUCCUUUCGCGUCAUCCUGCGAUUCCGAAACACGCUGCCGAUAUCAUCAAUCAAUUCCAGUAUGAUCAUUUCAAUCACGAGCAUUACAAGUGGCGCACAACAGAGCAAUCUGAAACAUUCUGCAAACCAACUACAAUCCACGAAGAAACAUCCGGUGCGUCGGUCCACAAAGGUGCUUGGCACAGCAUACAGCACAUCGUCAUCGCGGUUUUGCUUGCGAAGCUGCUACUAUAGGUAAUUUUCCAGAGAAGAGCAAUAAAUGCAUAGUUUAGGAAAGUUAAAUUUUUAGUCCCUUGUUUA